AUGGCGGCCUAUAUUUCCCUACGAUUAGGCCUUACCAGAGUUUUGGACCUUACAAACAAGGCCAUGGCCAUACCGAGCAGAGGGACCAGCAGCAGGGGGAGAGAGGAGGGUGGCGCCGAUGGAGAUGCAGGUGGAGAUGUAGGUAUGGGUGGGGCAGGUGGAUAUGUGGCGAUGGAGGAGGGACAGGGAGCCGCAGGUGGAGAUGGUGGACAGCGAGACCUACGAGAGGCGAGAUCAGAGCGAUCUCAGAGGGGUCAGAGCAGCGAGGGUGUGGUGGGUCCUCCUCGGCAGGGUGGUGAGGGUGGUGGUGGGGGUGGUGCCAUGACAUCGGGCGAGAGUGGUAUUUGA